AUGACACUACCAAAAUGUCAGCACAAAGGAUGCCGUGAGGCUUCUGUCUGCUACUUACCUGAGAAAAAACUGUACCUUUGACAGUAUCACCGGUUUAGUCAAUAUCCUAACGAAGAUUCAGUACCCCUUGUUGAUGACGUUCUUAUUGAAACGGAUCUGAAAGCUAUCGAAAUCUGCAGAAAAGAUUUCCUAGCCUACACUCAAAUGCUGAAUGAAGGACGUAUCCCUCCAGGUGAAGAUGAUCUAAGCACAACUGUGAGAGUAGAGUUCCAGCAUAUCUCCGAUGAACUAAAAGAAGCCCGAGAAACCCGCAAAUACUACAAGUCACAUGAACUGCUCGAUAAAACUUUGAAGAUUAAAAAUAUCUUGCAACAAGAUUCACUUUACGUUGAGCACUUGGUGACUAGAGCUUGGAAUCAAUCGCUUUCAAUUAUCAAGGGUGAGUCUCUGAAGAGCUCUGAACUUGUCGAAAUGGAGCUAAAAGACAAGUAUGAUGCAAUAUUUGACACGAUAUCCAAGAAGUUCAGGGAAUUUAGGCAUGGGAUCAAGCAAAGACACCAACAAGAAAUUGAAGAUUUUAAGUCGAAGCUGGCAUUGGAGAAGUCAAUAGCUGAAAGCUUGAAUACGGAACUAGAAGACCAAAGCGAAAGACAUACCGAAGAACUUAAGGCUUCUGAACAGGAGAAGGAGAAUCUUAAGGCAGACUAUGACAACAUUAAACAGGGACUAAUCUCCAAGCUAAACCUCUCCGAGUGCUCUGACCUCACCCUCUUCUACAAAAUUACCACUGGGGAAGACGAACAAAUCGGACCUGAAGCUGAACUGACACUUAACCUUAACAAUCCCAAACACAUGGAGUUUCUAACAUCCCUGAACAAGAGAAUGCCAGACAUUGAUGUACUUAAUCUUGACAACAUCCCUCUGAACUGCCAAGAAGUCAAGACUUUCCUGUCCACCCAUUUCCCCAACAAAGUGAGGUUCCUCGAUUUUAACUAUGACUCUCCUCUGAGUAGUUGUGUGUCCUUUUACUUGGAGGAACUGGUGGAAGUGAGUAAGAGAGUCACUGGAGUGUUGUAUAUUUAUAAUUUUGAAGUCUCUCAGGACCAGCUCGUCGCCCUCUUCUCCGCUAACAGACAUACAGAGUACUUUGGGUUUCCUGAAUGCAAACUCUCGCUGUCUUCUGUUCCUGAUUUCGGAGGAACCCUCGCUGGAAGUACGAUGCAAAGAUUAGAUUUGGAAGGCUGAGGAGGCUCUUCGUAUGGCGACUGGGGCAACAAUGAGUCGCACUUUGAAAACCUGAUUGCUGGGCUUUCCAAAGAGGAGGAUUUUAGGAAGAAUCUGAAGGAGAUUGGAAUGAUCAAGUGUGGAAUGGAGAAGAAUGUUGUGGAGAAGAUUUUGGCUGAUCAUGACUUUGGACAUGUCGAAAUUUGGACUUACUCUAAGUAG